CACUACCAGACACAACCCAUGGACGGACAGGUAGGGAUUUUUGGAAGAAAGCAGCUGGUUUAUUUUUUUUCUAAUCCUGGACAACCCCUUUUAAGUGCCAAACCACAAACGGAAUACUUUAGAUGCUGAUGUGGCAGCUAUUAGACUUUAAAGUGCAGCUUUGGUGGUGACUAUAGUACUGGACAAAGCCAAUUAUUUUUUUUUUUUUGCAUAGCCCCUCCAUGUUUUGUGUAGUUUUCAUAGUUUUAAUGCCUGCUUGUUUCUAGCCUCGGGCCUGAGAAGUUGGUCUCCUUGCCUUAUCACGGCGGGGGCUGCCCUUCUGGCAGUGGGCGGGUUAAUGAUUGCUGAGGUGUACCUCUUCCGUGGCUCAGACGCUGCCUCUGCCCGCUCACAUCAUGCUUUGUCUUGCUGUUCUCCUCCUGUCUCUCUUAUGCCCACGCUUGGCACAGAAGUCUGAGCCACUGAGCGGGCACAGCUUGGAGCCUCUAUUCCGGGGGGCAGAUCGCUAUGACUUUGCUAUUGUGUUGGGUCCUGCAGGUACCGAAUGCUUCUGGCACUAUGCACAUCAGAAUGGCUUCUUCUACUUUGGGUACGAGGUUCAAUGGACGUCUGGCAUCAUGAAGAGCAGACAAGUCUCUGCCUCAGUCCAUGAUCCUAAAGAAUUUCUCAUUGAGACUUCCAAGGACAUGCGUGGGCAAAUCAACUUCCAGACCAAGGAGACAGGGUUUUAUCAGCUCUGCAUAAAUAACUGGCAGAACAGCUUUGGCUCGGUCCAGGUGUACCUCAACUUUGGGGUGUUGUAUGACGGAGAAGGACCCGAGCAUGUUGAGGACCACAAGCAGAAGCUAAAUGACACUCUGAUAACCAUCGAGCAAAGCGCUCAGAUCGUACAAGGUCGUGUUCUUCACAUGUGGCGAUACUACAACUUUGCUCGCAUGAGGAAGGGCUCCGACUACUACAGGCUCAUGUCCAACUAUCAGUACGUGAACUGGUGGUCAGCGGGGACCAGCGUCCUUAUCGUGGUCUCAGGCGUCCUGCAGCUGCAUUUCCUGAAACGUCUAUUCAAUGUCAAGCCAACCACUGAGGGUCAGAAGCCCCGCUGCUGAGGGGUCCACUGCGGGGGGCAGACUGCUGCAUCUCAGAACUCCACCUGGACAUUCACACUAAUGGUGGGAUCGAGACUCCUUGGCCUCCAAACCCCUAUUAUAAAUUAGAAAAAAAAAAACGCAUCUUCCUGGUGCCGCUCUCAAUACAAACUUAUGGUAUGAAAUCUGUACUAGUUUAACCAAAUGGCUGCAUUCACAGCUGUGCUGGCUUCCGAGCGUAAUCUCCCAGUACUCCCUGCUAGCUCGCUGUCUAGAAAA